AUGGUGUUUGAUGAAAGUCCUCAGAGGGACUUGGUUUUGUGGACUACGCUUAUUCAGGGUUAUGUUAAAAUGGGGUUUCCGAGAGAAGGCAUUGAGGUGUUUUUCGAUAUGUGUGAUGCUGAAAGGAGGGCGGAUGAGAUGACGUCGUGUGCGGAUGCCGACUUUGCAAGUAAAGUUUUCAAUGAGAUGCCUGUGAGAAAUGUGGUUUUCUGGAAUUCGAUGAUAUCGGGUUUGGCACAUCAAGGGAAAUUUAAGGAGGCGUUGUACGUGUUCCGAGAGAUGCAAAAAAGGGGUCCAGAACGAGAUGAGGUGACAUAUAUUGGAGGCCUUGCAGCAUGUAGUCAUGGAGGACUUGUCGCAGAGGAUCAGAGGUAUUUUAGGGAGAUGUCAAGUGUGCACAAGCUCAGACCUCAGACGGAGCAUUAUGGCUGCACAGUUGACCUAUUAGGCCAUGCUGGGGUAGAGCCGGAGAGAGAUGGCGCAUAUGUGCUCACGUCAAAUGUUCAUUCCUCUGCAAAUAGAUGGAGGGAUGCAGUGAAGUUGAGAUGGGCGAUGAAGGGAAAGAACGUGAAGAAAACUCCUGGGUGUAGUUCAAUCGAGCUUUGA